AUGCUUCUCCUCAUUGCAGUGGCCGUGAUAGUCCUCCCGGCUCUCACAUAUUACCUCACUACUGCAUUCUUCUUCCAAAGUGCAAAGAAAGAUGCAGCAGGAAAAAGGCCGCCCACAAUCCCGUACUUGGUCCCUGGCGUGUUCCAUACGUUUAGCAUAGCCGCGGAAGGGCCGCAAAAGUUCUUCGCUAGAUUAUUCAAGGAGUUUGGCAGCUUCGCCCCAUUCACUGUCAGGGCAGGUUUGCAGACUUUCGUGGUCCUCCGGGAGCCUAGGCAUAUCAAAGUAGUUAUAGAAGCAGCAAAACCAUCAGAGCAGGUUUCCAUCGUAAGACACGAAUAUGAGGGGCUCUUCAAGGUGCCCAAACGUCAAGCCAGCGUCCCACAGGAGUUUUCCGAUCCUGCAAAGUACAAUGAAAAAGUCAACAAUGCAUUCACGACACCAAUCCGAAAACACUUGACUGGCGAAUCGAUGGCUACUAUAGGCGAGCGUUAUGCUUCAAAGCUCUCAAGCAACAUGGAUGAGAAAAUGUUCCAGGUCGGCACGUGGACACAGAUAGAAGACUUUUGGUCCUUCUUUCACCAAGUCCUUACACGAUGCUUGGUAGAGACAUUGUUUGGACCGAUCAUCUUCCGGCUAUAUCCAAAAUUUGUGAAAGACUAUUGGACAUUCGAAAAGGCCCUGGAAAGCUAUGUACCAGGGCUGUCAUGGUUAAUCGGAGCGACUGCAUACGAACAGCCUCGCGAUGCGUUACUUGAAGGCAUUGAGAAAUGGCUCAGGGCAAAUCAGAGCGGCAGCAACACUGCAAAUGCUGAUACCGAAAAUUUAGACUGGGAUGAUCACAGAGGGUCCCCAUUUAUUCAAGAACUCACCAGUCUUUUGUCAGAGUUCAUAUCUGAAGAAUUGCGACCAGUGGAGUUACUGAAGAUCAUUCAUUGUGCAAAUGGCAAACUCGUUCCGUCAACAAUCUGGUCCUUGAUCGAAGUGUUGCGCAAUCCACAACUGGCGAAUCAAAUGAACGACAUUGUUUCCAAGAAUCCAUCACAAAAGCUUGGAACUUAUGGUGUUACGGAAAUUGCAGCUUUACCUCUUGUCAAGUCUUUGUAUCAUGAGACCAACCGUUUGCGAAUGGCGCAGUACAUGAUAUAUCCCGCCAAAGCCCAUGAUAUCCUCUUGGACAGGGAAUACAUACUCCCCAAAGGAAGGUUACCGAUCGCGUUUUCACACGACGUUGCACUGGAUAACAAAUCAUGGGCCAAAGCGCGGCCGCGUACCGUUGAGAAACCACUGGAGGAGUUCUGGGGAGGCAGAUUUCUCAUCCCCGAUAAGCCGAAGAAAAGGGGCGGUUUCGAAUCGGGCGAGUUCAGCUUGGAGGGUCUUGAUUUACUAGCUCCUGCUUUUGGCGGCCACCAAAACGUCGGUCUGGGCAGUGAAUUCGCACAGACUAUUCAGGCAGCGACUUUGGCCGUCUUGUUGAAUGAGUGGGAGAUUCAACUUUGCGAUCCGGAAUUCACGGAUGCAGUUAUGCCGACCAUGUCUGAUAAGGCUUUCGGCUCUGUGAUGCCGCUGCAACCGGUAGCUGUCCGCAUACGGAAGCGAAAGCCGAAUCGGACGCAGUAA